AUGAUUGCACUUAAUAUAAAUGCUCCAAUAGGUCUUAUUUGUCAUUAUUUACUUAAAAUUCUCGAUCCAUCAUUACGAAUAAAUAUGAAAAUACAACAAUUAAAUACGAAUACGAAUGUACCAUAUCUAUUAGCUACACCUGGAUCCACUUUCAAUACUGAAUUUGAUUAUUACGGUCAAUUACUUGCAUUUCAUUUUCCAUUUGAUACUUUAAUAGGUGAACAAAUAGCUUGA